AUUUUAAAUAAAAUGAAUACAAAACCACUUCAUGAUACAUUGCGAAAACGAAAAACUAGGGUGAAAGAGAAUUCUAAUCAAUGUGAAAUUCAUCGUGCAUGUGAUAGAAAGAAUAAACGUGCGAAAAGAGCUGUUAAAACUACAGAAUAG